GGUGAAAGAAAUGAGGAAGCGACUGGAGACAUUCGCUUGGACUGAUUCACACUCGGUCCUCCACCUUUAGCUUCUACUUCUGGGAGUUGAAGAUUUCAAAGGGAAAAGGAUGGCGGAUGGGGACAAAAAGGUUGUGUGUUGCGUUUUGCUUCUCCUGACAGGUGCCGUGGGUCAGGGGCCGAGGGUGGACUACCAGCAUCCACUUUGUGCUGUUAAAGGAUCCACUCUCACAAUCCUCUGCUCCUUUACUCCACAGUCUGUCAAUACAGACGGAAAACAGGUUCUGGUCGAGAUCAUCAGAGUCGUUUGGUGCAAGAACCAUGAAAUCUGUCAACUCACGACUCCGUCUGUGUACGACAGUGAAUUACAAAAUAAAAGGGUCAACAACCCUCGUUACCGUUACCUGGGAGACAAGAAGGGAAACUGCAGCUUACAGAUCACAGGUGUGCAGGACGGAGACAAUGGGACGUUUCGCUUUAGAAUGGAAGCGAAUGAUGCAGCAAAUCAUUAUACUGGCCGAUCAGGAGCGACAGUCAGAGUGUCUGACGGAGCUCAGAUGGAGGUGCACAGCUCCACCCACAGAGCGUUUAAAAGAGGUGAAGCCAUCACACUGAACUGCACUACAAAGUGCACUUUCCACCAGCUGGAGGUCACCUGGCUCAGAGAUGGCCACGCCCUCAAACACACUGGCCCCUCCCUCCACCUUGCCGCUCUGACUGCAGGGGAUUCUGGGAAUUACACCUGUCGUUUAAAGAACGACGUCAGCUCGUUCUCUAAAGCGUUUAGUGUGCACGUGGAGGCUGAAGAGGAAGGAGGCGUUCAGGUGUCUCUAAUAGUCAGCGUGGUGUCUUCUGUCCUGAUGCUCCUCUGCUUCGUCAUCGUGGUCCUCGCCAUCAUCAGGAAGAAGAAUCAGUCAGCUGUGAGAGGGGAGGCGGGACCAGAGGUGAAAGGAGCUCAGCAGCAGGAAGAAGACGUCAGCUACGCCCACAUCCAGUUCAAGGCCAGAGGAGGCCAGGCCAGACCCGUGAAGGUGGAGGACGACUCCAUCAUCUACAGCUCUGUAGUUGCUUGAGGCUGAGGUCACAUGACCUCUGAACAUGUUAUUAUAACAUCAUAACUAUUCAGUCACAAAACAUUUAAUAUCGAAUGCUUCUGGAUCCAAACACGUGUCUUAUAAAUAUUGCUGAUACUC